AUGUCUGCAUUAGCUCUUCUGAAAGACCAAGCCACACUGGUAGAACAAGUAAAAAGAGUAAAAGAAAUUGAAGCUAUUGAAAGUGAUUCUUUUGUUCAGCAGACAUUCAGAUCAAGUAAAGAAGUCAAAAAGUCAGUGGAACCUAGUGAAGUGAAACAUGGAACUUCAACAUCAGGACCAACAUCAGUAGUUGCUGAACCGCCCAGUAUUGAAAAAGAAGUAGACCCCACCAGCAUCCCUACUGCGAUCAAGUACCAAGAUGACAAUUCUCUGGCUCAUCCUAAUUUAUUUAUUGAGAAAGCUGAUGCUGAAGAAAAGUGGUUCAAGAGAUUAAUUGCCCUUCGACAGGAAAGACUAAUGGGCAGUCCUGUGGCCUAACUAAUAUACAUAUGGUUAAAUUGACAGUAACAUUGGAAAUUUAGGUUUUUAAAUCCCAUAUUAACUUUUUACUCUUAAAAAGAAUUUAGCUGAUUAUGUAAAAACGUAAUCUCAUUUCAUUCUUCUGUCAUGUUUCCUUGAAUAUUUGUUGAUUUGAACUGAAUCGAACACUGAAUACUAAAACUAGGGUAAAAUUUAAGAAUGCAUGAAAAUGUUAUACUGUUAAUAAAGCUAAUUAUAAAAAUAUCCAUGUUAAAAUAAAUGGUACACAAUAGUGUUGCUUAGUGCAAUUCAAAAAAUUUCAAGUUGUCAUUUAGAACACAAUUUUGAUUAAUCAUGCAUAUAUAAGAAUCAAAUUACAUGCUAUAAAUAUGAGAUCUCAUCUUCCAUGUAUUAUGAAACCAUGUUUGAAUCUUUUAUUUCACCUUACUGUAAUUUUUAGGCACAAUAAAAAUUUUUAGGCACCCUAAACAAUCUAAGGAGAAUGAGCAUGAUGUAAAACUUAAAGGAAUAACAUGCAUAUUAAAAUUUUUUCUUGAAAAUUAAA